AUGGAUUUCGUCCCGGACGCCGUGCAGCAGGAAACCGAGGCCUACAAUUCCGAGGUGGACCUUCUCACGCUCCCCAUCUAUACCCGGGCGCAGCUCCGGCAGUACAACGGCCAGGCCCGGCCGCAGCUAUUUGUGGCCAUCAAGGGGUACAUCUACGACGUCACCCGGAACGAGCUGAGCUACGGCGCCGGCAAAAUCUACCACCAGCUCGUGGGCAAGGACGUCAGCAGGCUCUUGGGCCUCAACCGGCUCCAGCUCAAGCCCGAACCCGGCGCGGAACCCGGCGCCGCGCACAGCAACGAGUGGGACUUCAGCGACCUCACCGAGAAACAGCGGCGCACGCUCGACAAAUGGGUGUUGUUUUUCAGAAAACGCUACAGAAUCGUGGGCGUGGUGGUGGACUACCAGCCCCGCACGCACGCCGUGGAGCCGGACGCCUGCAUCAACUAG